AUGGCCUCUGCUGGGUUCGGUGUGGGCGCUGCCGCUGGGUCGCAGGCCGUUGGACCUGACUUGCAAACCAUACAGACAGAUGAAAUUGGCUUCAGAUCCAUCAACGGUGAAGCCAAGGUUCGCCUGACCUCAGCGUGGACGAAGCUGCCCGAGCCGACUGCUAGCCUCCUCAGUGUUGCAUCCGGAAGGGGCCUCGUAGCCGCCGCUGGCCCAGAUUACAUCACGAUAGCGACAACCGACAAGGUCCGCAAGGCGUUCGAUAGUCCCAAGGAUGGUGACUUUGAAGUGCGCAGCUUCGAGCCCGAGCUCAAGCUUCAGAUGCCCAUGCGUGUCUCGCAUCUCGCGUUUACGGCCGACGAGAACUACCUGAUCCUCUCCGCAGAGGCCGGGGGCGGUCUUGCAGUAUACGAGGUGCAAAGUCUCUUGUCUGGAAACACAAGUUCGGCAUUCGAACUUCCGACAAACGGGGAGUCGCUGCGCGGCCUAAUACCCAACCCUACAGCUGAGAAGGCAGAGCUAUGUGCGGCGGUGACAACGAAUGGCAACCUGUGCAUGGCGAACCUGAAAGAGCGCGCGUUAAGCAAUCCUUUGCUGUCCCAAGUCAGCUGUGCGGGAUGGAGCGCGAAGGGCAAACAACUCUGUGCCGGACUCUCAGACGGGACCAUUCGCCAGUUAACUCCAGAAGGGGAGAGCAAGGCUGAGAUCCCCAGGCCGCCUAACGCAGACAACCAUUACGUGUCCUCGCUUUUCUGGUUGGAGAACCACUUGUGGCUUGCUAUAUAUUCCAGCAACGGUACCUCCCCGAACUCGGUGUACAACAUCAUCACCCGCGAACCUCCGUCCAAAUUUGGCUUCCAGAGAAUCUCGGAUCCUGUAGAGCCAUUCAACGCGGAGAAGCCACCUCACCACGCGCUCUUGCGCUUGCGCGACUUCCCCCCCGAUCUACAAGAUCUUCUCGUUAUUGCAUCCACAGCCAACCCCGACAUUGGGGUUCUCAGCAGAUCAAAAAAGCCACUUGCCUCAGAUCAACCCGCUGAUACUAUCACGGGUGUCUUCACAACCACCGAAAUGCUCGAGGACACCUCAAGGCCCACGUUGCCGAUGACUGACUCGAUGGAUGACUCCGUUCCUGUUGGUAUCGCGCUGGAUUUGUCAAGCAAGGAAAAGGUCUACCGCCCAAUUCCUGCAGACGAGGAGUUGAACGAAUCUGCUACUCCUCUCCCUGGUCUUUGGGCUCUCACACACGAAGGUCUGCUGUGCUCAUGGUGGUGCGUCUACAACGACGCUGUGAAAAAGGGCAUCGAAUACCCCCAUUUGGCAGCGGCAGAUAGUGCAGCAAGUGGAAUGGCCCUCAACGCAGCUCCAACCUCCACGACAACUAGUGCUCCUCUCGGAAGCGCAGGAGGCUCUGCCUUCGGGCAACCAUCAGCCCCAGCCGCUCCAUCCUUUGGUUCUUCGUCGCAGCUAGGCGCAAAGCCAUCAUUAUGGGGUAGUGCCGGGACUUCAGGCGCCUCUCCCCAGACAGGCGGCGCAGCCUUUGGCCAGUCAGGAUUCGGCGGUGCUACAUCUCCCUCGGGGCCUGCUUUCGGCAAGCCGAGUACAUUUGGCCAGUCGUCGCAGGUUGGCAUCAGAAGCUCACCUUGGGCGAAUGGCAGUAGCGCUGCACCUGCCUUUGGCCAGACCGGUUUCUCUAGCCUCGGGUCGAAAAGCCCAGGGGGUAGCCCUUUCGCUGCCGCCGCGGGAGGCUCGUCAACCCAACAGGAAUCCGGGGGUUUCUCCGGAUUCGCGAGCAAAGGUGGCUUUGGCUCUUUGGCAGCGAACACCGGAGGCUCUAGCGUGCUAGGUGGCAGUUCCCAGCCGAGUGCCUUUGGUGUGCCUGCUCAGUCCAGCGGCAGUCCUUUUGGUUCAACAAGCACCGAAAACAAGCCAAGUGUUUUUGGUGCACCGAGCCAACCCAAGUCGAGUAAUUUUGGAAGUGGCGCCAAUGCGAGCCCAUUCGGGUCAGCAGGGGCCAGCCAGCAACCGAGCGUCUUUGGGACCGGAAGCUCAACAAAGCCCAAUCCAUUUGCCCCGUCUGUUGAUUCAACUAAGUCACCUUUCGGCUCGCAAAAAUUCGAACUGAAGAGCUCCUUCAAGCCAGAUGCGUCAGCCGAAAACGAGACGCACAAGCCAAGCACAGACUCUGGUGGAAGCAUGUUUGGCAACGGAUUUGGGGCGGCUCUUGACUCGGCGAGCAAGACCCCAGCGACACCGGCCAAGGACAGUGAGAUGGACGACGAGCCAUCGGAAGAGCAAACCCCGCAGCCCACUUCUCGCCAGAAUGUACUUGGCUCGCAGCAAAGCCCCGAGUCGACCACACCGCAGAACACACCAGGAGCCUUUCGACUAGGUGGCUCGGGGACCGCUGGAAGCUCGCCAGCCCCUGGGUCUUCCUUGUUCGGCCAACCUACACCGGCCCCCGAUACUGGCAAGAGCCUCUUCGGGACUAAGAGUGGUCCCUCGCAAUCGUCUAGACUAAACCCAUUCAGCCCACAGAAGACAGCGCCUCGGCCUCAAGAGGCCGAGCCUCCAUUGCCACCAGACCCUACGAGCAAACCAAACUAUCCAGUGGGAGACUCCUCGGCGUCCUCGGCAGCAUCGACUGCAGCAAAGACCAGCGCUGAGCCCAGCAAUGAGACUGCUAAGGCGGAACAUGCGCCACUGCCACCCGACUUUGCGCCAUCUAAGCCGAAAAGCCAGCCAAAGUCGGAGGGCGAGGCACGAAAGGAGAGACAGAGUCAGAGCAGGCUCGAUGACGCUCCUCUACCACCGGAUUUCACCAAACCGGUAAACCCUUUCGAGGCGCCCAAGGCAGCAAAGACGCCUGUCUCCGUCUUCGAUCAAGGGAAGGCGAGCAACGCCUCGGAUCCCAACAACCCCUUUGCAAAGUACUUGCAAGCACCCGUGGAUGGGCCGGAUUCGGACGAAGAGGAGAGCAACCUGGACGAUGAUGGCUCGGACGACGAUGGCGGCGAUGGGGACGAAGAAGAAGAAGACGAGAAUGGAGAAGUGGGAGAUGAGGAAGAGGGCGAAGAGGAGGGCGAAGAGGAGGGCGAAGAGGAGGGCGAGGAUGAGACAGGUGAGGUAACGGAUGAAGACGCUGAGGGUGAGGGAGAAGAUGACAACAUCACGUCUGAAGGCAGCGGAGUCGAUGUUGCGAAGGAUCUGAGCCCCGAGAGCAGUGGGCUUCAUGCAACCUACACCCCUCAAGGCUCGUUCCAGGAGGAUGUGGGGUCUACCACCCCAGCGACUGCCCAGCCCAGUCAACAGCGUCCCAAGGCAUCCUUAUUUGGCCAGCUUGGUCAAAACACGCCGAUUUUCCCUCGGCCCCAAGAGAGUAGCCCCAGGUCGCCCAGCCCCGUGCGGGCGGCAGUACCAAACCGCUUGCUGCGCCCUGAGCAGAACCGAUCGGUGAGUGCACCGGGGAUGGCCUCGCAAAUGAUCAAGCCCAGAGGUGCACAACCUGCGCACCAACAGGCGACUGGUGGCGAGCGCGAGCAACCAAUGGAGGACCCUGUUGCCAGGAGGCACAGGCUGGCCAGAGAGCGACGUGAGAAAGAAGAAGCCCAGCCGCUGGUUGACGAAGACGAUGAGCAGGUCAAGGCACUACUGUCAUCCGAGCUACAGGGCAAGCUAGUUCUGGACGAGUUUGUGGCCCAUGUCAACACGGCGCCACCGGCACAGGAUAGUAUACCAGCCCAGGUGGAAGCCGUAUACCGCGACAUCAACUCGAUGAUCGACACAGUCGGGCUGAACUCGCGUUCGGUCAAGGAAUUCAUCAAGGGACACGUGGACAACCGGCUUGAGAACGGGCGCAACAAGGAGGACCUUGAGAUUGCUGAAGACUGGGUACUCUGUGAGGUGGACGAGCUCGGCCGGAUCUUGGACAAUGAUAUGCGUCAUGAUCUGCAACAAGGCCGCGUGACUGGACUGGAUGCCAAGCUGGAAGCGUGCCAGCAUCUCGCACGGGAAAUCCAUCGGGUCAAGGCGAAAUGCGCCGAUCUCGAUAAGAUCAAGGCGGCCAGAACGAGCGCUGACGAGACCGAGGCCACACUGGCCUUGCCGCUCACGGCCGAGCAAGCCGCACAGCAGAACGAGCUUCGACGGAUUCUGAAGGAGUUCUCCAAGCUGUUGGCUGAAGCCGAGAGUGCUCUGUCGAUCUUGAGGACACGGCUGGCGUCCGCUUCUGGCGCGUCAGGAAAACGGACUGGCAACAUGCCCACGGUGGAGGCGGUCAUGCGGACGAUUGCGAAGAUGACGGCCAUGGCGGAGAGACGCAGCGGCGACGUGGAUGUACUGGAGACGCAGCUGCGCAAGAUGCGUCUGUCGUCCGCGGGGCGCGAUGCGACACCGACGGCGACGCCGCAGCCUAGGAAGAGCGUCAUGUUCUCGCCGGAUCCGGUGACGCCGUCACGAAGCUUCCGGCACAGCUUCUCUGCCAGCGUUGGCUCGAUGGGGGGCAGCCCGGCUCGGUCGUCGACGCCGCGCAAGAAGCUCAGCGGGUUCAGCGCGGAGGAGAAGAAGGCGCUGAUGGAUAAGCGGGCCAAGAGGCAGGCCGUGUUGGGUAUGCUGAAGGACCACGUGGAGAAGAAAGGCGUGCAGGUCUGGAACACGGAGGACAUUGAUUAG